AAUUUACAAGACUGCGCAUGAGCGGAUGCUGUCACAAUUUAGAAACCGAUACCGUUCGUUCUCCAUUUUGGUUCUUAUGUGAAAUCAUUCGUCUGCGGGUUUUCUACUGCAUUUGAGCCACCAUGGCCUCAGUUUCAUCUUGAAAAAUACAAGCAGUCUACCACGUGAGCUUUGUUUACUUCCGUAAAAGCUUUCUGUGCGGGUCAGUGCACGUGUUCUGAGCCCCCAAAAUGUCCGAGGAGCGAGCACACUGAGUUCUUUGAAUCACCUGGUGUCUGGCUUCCCUCGCUGACGGAUGUAGCCCGAUGUUUGAAUAUGACAGCUAAAGUCAUGGCUGCCAAGCCCUUCAGCCCAAAGGAGGUGAGGAGGAUCCUGGAUUCUCUGUCAAGGCCCGCUGUCUUUCUCCACAUGACUUGUGAUUGGCCAGUUCUCCACUGGACAGCAAACCACCUGUCAAACUGCCUUGGCCAGAAGAACAUCCGAUUCAGACUGGGGGAAAAACAAGCAACACACACUCCUCUCUUUGAAACCCAGUGCUCAUAUGUGGAGGCCAGUCUUGACCAGUUCCUGUGCUGGACCAGUAAAGGGACUGGGGCAGAGGUGGGGUUUUUCUCUGGCUACCCUCUUUCAGAGUACUGGGCCUAUGCAGACUACAAAUACAUCGCUAUGCUAUUCCAAGACCAGCCGUCUAUGUUCGAGGACGUGCUGUGGUCUGAUUUUGGUUACCCGGGCCGGGCCGGUCGAGAGAGCACACUGUGGAUCGGCACAGAGGGCGCCAACACCCCCUGCCACCAGGACACCUACGGAUGUAACCUUGUGUUGCAGGUGCAGGGAAGGAAGCGCUGGACCCUGUUCCCCCCGGAGGACACGGCUUGUCUGUACCCAUGCAGGAUCCCCUACGAGGAGUCCAGCGUCUUCAGCCUGGUGGACGUCCUCCAGCCAGACCUGAGGAGGUUCCCUGCCUUCACCCAGGCCAGGGCCCACACCGUUACCCUGCAGCCUGGACAGGUCCUGUAUGUGCCCAGGCAUUGGUGGCACUAUGUGGAGUCUGUGGAUCCUGUAACAGUUAGUGUCAACUCCUGGAUUGAGCUGGAAGUGGAUGACGAAGCGCGUGUAAACGAGGCCGUCACCAAGGCCGUCGUUUGUGCCCUGAAGACCACGCCCAGUAAGGACAACACUGACGACUGGCUCAACCCCACUGAGGAAGGAGUGUCAUCGCAUGGAGAGAACCUGCAGUGUCUGAACCUGGCGGUGCAGACCUGCCUGCAGAGGAGAGAGAGGAGCCAGGGUGCUGAGCAGGAGCGCCCAGAGCCAGCCGGGGGCCGAGGGGCCAAGCGGGACUCCAGCGGACAGACCCGCAGCGGCGGCGGCACCACACCCCUCACCAUCCCCUUCGGACCUCACCUCGUCCCGGUGCCAGCUAACCAGGACAGUCUACCCAAAACAAAGGGACUCGACUGGGAAGACGGAGCCCCUAAGAGCUGCAUGGCCAACCCGAGCAAAGGCCAGACACCCCGAGUCUUGUCUGCCAGUGGCGAAUGUGGUUCUGGUUCCGAUGACUAUGGAAGCCCGGGCAGAGACUGUGACUCCGGAGACGCCGCAGAGGCCUUAGGACACGCCCCCAUCACCACCAACGACCUAUUAGAAUGCCUGGUGCACCCAGAUGUCAUCGCCCAUGUCACUGAGCUCCUGUUGGAGAGACAGAACAGGCACAACAAUGCCUGAACAUCUCAACCUUGUCUUUUUGUUAUGUAAAGGGUCAGUUAUUUACAUUAUUGUUUUUUGGGGAUGCUCAGGGAAAGAAAUAAGGUAUUCAAAAAAUUUCUAUUGAAUUAAAUUUAAUUCAUUGUUGAGUCACCUGAACCGCUGAAGUGCCUUAUCUUAUUAACUCCUAAGAGGCUUUGAAGGAGUAAUACUGGGAGUCUCUUUGGAAUUAGAGUCUUUGCCCUUUUACCCCUGACCUGUUUGCAUGCCUGGUCUUUGACAGGGAAAUACUAGAACUAUCGGUGGAUCUAGGGAUUCCUAGAUGAACUGUGAGAAAUCCUUACUGGUUGUAGGUAUCCGUCAUGUCGGUGAGGAGGAAAGAGACAGAGCUUAGCGUGUGUUUGCAAACCCUCUCCCAUGGAGCAUUCCAUUCAGAACAGCUCCAUGAGCGAAGACAAGAACCACUCUCUCACGGUUAUGAAUUUGAAAAACCUUUUAGCUUUUGUACUGAUUUCAUUGUUUUAUCAAAUGUAAGCACGUACGGUGCCUAUUUUUGUAUUCCAUCUCAUAUGUAAUAUAUACAUAAAACCAACCAACCAGUGUUCCGGUAAAUAAAGUAGCAAUGCUUGUUAACAAGGGUGCCAUGGGAACUAGGA